ACCAUGUGAAGAACGCACGACUCGCCAGGGUCUCUGCCCGCCGUUCCGAGGAAAGGGUCUCGUCUGUGUCGGCUCCUUUCCUUUGGUGGUGUUCUUUCUGCUGGCAGGUGACUUGAGUGUCAGACUGCUUUUAAAUGCUCCGCAUUCCCUGCUUGUCCGGCGUCCUCGGCUGCUCUGGUAGUGCCGAGUUGAAAUAGCUCUGCCUGGAGUGUUAAACAGGGUUCUAACGGCUUUGCUUCUUAUUCUCCUUCGUUACUCCCUUCAUAGCUGCUGAUUCCAUUAUGGCGAAAACGUUCUCCAAGGACGACGUUGCGUCGCACAGUAAAACCGAUAGUCUGUGGGUUGUCAUCGACGAAGACGUGUACGACCUCACCAAAUUCCAGGACGAGCACCCAGGUGGGAAGAAAAUCCUUCAAAGGGUAGCCGGGAAGGACGCGUCGAAACAGUUCUGGAAAUACCACAAUGAGGGUAUCCUGAAGAAGUUCCAGGGUCGGCUACAGGUGGGAUCUUUGAAUACCAAGAAGGUUAUCGCCCAACCGGCUCCGGCACCUGCGAAGGAAGCCGCCCCCAAGCCCCCGAAGCCCGCUCCCAAGACGACUGCACCGCCGAAAGAAGAGUCUGAGCCCCAGGAGCCAUUCGGUGAUCUCAUUCCGUUUGCGGAUCCUUCAUGGUAUCAAGGUUAUCACUCGCCGUAUUUCAACGAAACUCACGCCGCCCUCCGUGCUGAAGUUCGGCAAUGGGUGGAGUCUGAAAUUGAACCGUACGUGACCGAAUGGGACGAGGCCAAGCAAGUUCCGGAUAGGAUCUACAAGCAGAUGGGCGAGCGAGGCUAUCUGGCCGGUCUUCUCGGGGGCAAAUUCCCGGUCAACCUGACCCCGCACCGUGUUCAGGCAGUGCCUCCGGAGCAAUGGGAUCUCUUCCAUGAGAUGCUGGUCACCGAUGAGAUCUCGCGUGUGGGGAGCGGCGGGUUUGUGUGGAACCUCAUCGGAGGCUUCGGGAUCGGUGGCCCGCCGCUGCUCCGGCAUGGGAAGAAGGCCCUCGUGGAGAGGAUCAUGCCGGGGAUCCUGGCAGGUGACAAGCGUAUCUGUCUUGCAAUCACGGAGCCUGAUGCGGGAAGCGAUGUCGCCAAUCUGACGUGUGAGGCCAAGCUUUCCGAGGAUGGCAAGCAUUACAUCGUCAACGGAGAGAAGAAAUGGAUCACCAACGGCGUGUGGGCCGACUAUUUCACCACCGCAGUGCGCACGGGCAAGCCUGGCAUGAAUGGAAUCAGUGUGCUGCUCAUCGAGCGCGAGAGUGGCGGUGUCAGUACUAGAAGAAUGGACUGCCAGGGAGUCUGGAGCAGUGGCACCACCUACAUCACUUUUGAGGAUGUCAAGGUGCCGGUCGAAAACUUGAUUGGAAAAGAGAACCAGGGAUUUAAGGUAAUCAUGACCAACUUCAACCACGAGCGUGUCGGUAUCAUCAUCCAGUCACUGCGCUUUGCUCGCGUCUGCUAUGAAGAGUCGAUGAAGUACGCCCACAAACGACGAACAUUCGGCAAGAAGCUGAUCGACCACCCUGUGAUUCGGAUGAAGCUGGCCCACAUGGCCCGGCAGAUCGAGGCAUCCUACAAUUGGAUGGAGAACGUCAUCUACCAGUGCCAAUGCAUGGAGGAAACCGAGGCCAUGCUCAAGCUCGGCGGUGCCAUCGCCGGUCUCAAGGCGCAGGCAACCACGACCUUUGAAUUCUGCGCUCGCGAAGCGAGUCAGAUCUUCGGCGGGCUGAGUUACAGCCGCGGCGGGCAGGGUGGAAAGAUCGAACGGCUGUAUCGCGAUGUGCGCGCCUAUGCUAUCCCUGGAGGAAGCGAGGAGAUCAUGCUUGACUUGAGCAUGCGCCAGAGUCUCCGUGUGCACCAGAUGUUUGGCAUGAAAUUGUGA